AUGGCCACUCCCAAGCGCUUUCAGACGCUCCUGCAGCUGCAGCAGCGAGAAGGGGAGCUGUUCCAGGUGCUCGGGAGCCUCACCAAGCUGCCCAACUGGUUCCACUCCGAGUUCCUCAAGAGUCCGAAGGCAGUUCACCUGGAGGCUUGGCUGGUGGAAGCGAUCUUCGGCCCCGGCGGGGAGUACAUCCCGCACGUCGAGUGUGUCUCCCACACCCUGCUUCAUGUGAACCGAUGGGACCCUGACGGCGAAGCUGAGAUCUUGAAAUGUGGGCGACCUUAUUUUCAGAAGGAUGUAUCCAAGCUGAUCAUGAACUUGGCCGACUAUCACCGCCAGCUCCGGGUGCAAAGCUCAGAGAAGGUCCAGGCGCAGGAGGCCGGCACGCAGCGGUCUCCAGUCGAGGUGCGCGAGGCUGCCGAGGACCCGGUUACCAAGUUAUGA